AUGGAAAUCACACACCGUGCACUUUGGGUAGUUAAACAGGUUAAUAAAGAUUAUACUGAUGCAGGUGCACACCGGCAAUUGAAGUUAUGUGAGCUUGAGGAGUUACGCAACGAGGACUAUGAUACUGCAGCUGCAUAUAAAGACAAGAUGAAAGCGGUGCAUGAUGCGAAGUUGAGGCGUCAAGUCUUCGCGGUGAGCCAAAAGGUACGGUUAUUCAAUUCACGUCUUAAAUUGUUUCCAGGAAAGCUGAAAAGAAAGUGGAUGGGUCCAUUUGUGAUCAUACGUGUUGGAAAAUUUGGAGAUGUGGAGAUUGAAGAUAUGAAAGAUUAG